AUGCAAUGGCGCUCCUUCGUCAUGCUCUCGGUCGGCAUGACCGUAGUGCUACUUGUUAGUCUUCUUGCCGAUCCACCUUAUCCACGACCUGUCCAAGUCUACGCCUCCAAUCCAGUGCGCAUGCGAAGGCCUCAACCCAAUCAAGUUAUCUUGACAAUGACGGACGAUUUCUUGUAUCAAACGCUGAUCUGGUAUGAGAUGCCUCUGGCUGGAGCCUCUUCAAAUGGCGUGGUGCAUGGCAUUGGGCCCAUGAAAACCGGGGUUGUGGGUGUGCUGCAACAACGUCGAAAGCCAUUGGAGACAUUGCGUAGCAACCGAAGCACCUUGGUAUCAGAUGAGUGGAGUGUGCAAUUUGAGCAUACCCUUUCAGGCCCCAUUUCCAAGAUAUCGCAUGCACCUCCUCCUCCAGCACCUUCCGAUUCAGAUCAUCGUCUCCAAUUUGCCGUCAUGUAUCAUGUCCUCGAGAAUGAAGAUGCACAACACAUCACGCGUGUUUAUUAUUUCCCGGAAGAAUCAAAUGAUGUCAUGGAAUACAAGGAUUUGAUCAUGCGAGGCACAACAUGGAUUGACUGGUUCAACCUAGAACAUACAUCGAUCUUGUAUUCAAGAGAUCCCGACAUUUACCGUUUUCGGAUUGCACCUCUUCCUACGAAUCUCAAUCAUCCUCCACAUUCAAUCAGCAUCCCAUUGGAUACAAUGAUACCUGGUGAACCGAUCAAACGAUACCAUCAACCCAAGUUCACUCAAAAGCAUCGUGUCGUCUUUGCUAGACUCUAUUCACCCGCCAAUGAAACUUAUCGCGUGUUCUCUGCUGAUGUACACAAGACCCGAGACUACUAUCAUGUCAAUAUUACAAUCACUGAUGGCAACACCACCACCAAUACAUGGAAGCAGCGUGAUAAGAGCGUCAUCAAUCCUACCAAGAUUUACAGCGAGGAGAACGUGCAGUAUAUGGCAUUCGUGGAUGGUACACAUCAGCUGCAUCAUGAUCGCGUUGAAACUAAAAUGCCACAACUUUCUCUGACUCGUUCCAAGGAUGGGAAGACAUUGGUGGUGCCUUUUAUUAAGAAUCAGUUCUUGACGGUGGAUUACACGGAUCGAGUGGAUGUGCUGAAAUACGACGAGGAGGAGAGCCGUUAUUUGUACAGGAACAAGGACAAGUCUAUUCUUCCCGAGUAUUACUUUUGGAGCUAUGGUGAUCGAUUGGAAACAGCCAGCGAAUACGAGAUCCCUAUGGGUGCCGAGUUGGAUGAGAGUGGAUCAUUACUAGCAGUGUGGACGGAUGCCAAUGUCAUUCACAUUUUCAAGCGUGAACCCGAACCACACCACCGUAUUGUGAAGCACAGCUGGUACCUGAGCAUGGUCGUCGCACCAACACAAGGAGAAUUAGAUGCUGCUGGGAUUGGAACCAUUACAUUUUACAAGCAUGAAAAAGACACAUACAUGGUUGUUGGGUUGCUAAACCAAGAGAUUCGAACAUACUCGAUGGAUCAAGUAGAAGAGGUCAAUGGAAUCCAAUUUUUGGAGUUUGUACGGGAACGCUGGGAUAUGCUGAUAGCAAUGUCGUUCAUCAUCUUAAUAUUCGUUAUCAAUGAGUCGCACAGCUCUUCACUUUGA